AUGCAUUUCCAGACCCUCGCACUCGUGGCUUGCUUGACGUUGGCGCAAGCUCGCCCUGACGAGUCCACCUAUCGACUUCCCAAACGUCAACUCAACGAUGUCCUCUCCUUGUUAGGCUUAGGCUCGAGCUCGAGCUCGAGCUCGGGCUCGGGCUCGGGCUCAGAUUCAGGCUCAGGCUCAGGCUCAAUCUCAAGCUCAGAAUGGUCCGACUGGGACGACUGGUCAGAAACCACCACGUCCAGAGCAACCGUCCAAACCUCAACGACCCGUACAUUGGCACCACCGAGCAUAGUGACCAGUACCACUCCCAGCUUCAGCCCCAGUUCCACAACCACCACCACUACUACUACAACCACAUCAAGGCCUAGGGAUAUACCCACUUUCACUCCCACCACGACAACAACAACGACGACAACGACAACGACAGUGGCGUCUCCUUCAACCACUACUACUACCUCAUCCUUCAGUCCGUUUAUUCCAACCUUCACCACCUCAUCAUCCACCACGACAUCUACCACGACAUCUACCACGACGUCUACCUCGACGACUACAACCUCAAGCGUGGUUAUCGAUGUGCCCACGACUUCGUCCUCUACCACUACAUCCUCCAGCUCGUCGUCUACCACCACUUCGACAACUACAUCCACCAUCCCAUUUGUUGAGGUUGCACCGCCCUUGUUGUCAUCGACCACGGUAUCUGUCAACACAGUUACUGGAGCCAUCACGACGACGACGACGACAACGACAACAACGACUGCGGCGACAACGACGACGACUGUUAUUGAUGAUGCAAAUAAUAACAAUGUGGUCGACCCAUUGCCGGUGCCGACUCCGUCAACGUCCAGCACUGGCCUCACUGUAGCUGCUGCGACGGUGGAUGUCGCCUCUACCGAUGUUGCAUCGGUUGCUGCAGUUGCCGCCACUACCGACACAGGCAUCCCUUGGUCUGCGUGGGCACCAUGGACGGUGGAAACUAGCACAGCUGGCCAAGAGGUUGCCGCGGUGAGCACCACUGUCGAGGAGACGACCUUUACCUUGACGAUGGGGGCUGGAGAGUCAGCGUCCGUGGUCACGACCACCAUGCACCUGACGAGGACUCUGACUCAGACGAGCACGAUAUACGCCACCCUCAACCUACCAUCGCCGACUCCUGCAGAUCUCAACCAGGUGGCUGCCGCGAGUGUUGACGUGGGUGCCCAAGGUACUACGACCAUCACGUUGCAGUCUACCGUCACCGAGACAGUCACUGUAGUCCCUGCGCAGACUCCUUGCAGUAUCCAGUACAUUACUGUCACGGAGGUCUCGCAAAGCACUAUCACCGUUACGGCCACGCCAACGGUGGCAGUAGCGGCGAUUGAAGUGUCGACUUCGACGACGAGUACCACUACGAGCACCACCAGCACCAGCACGAGUACAAGUACGAGCACGAGCACGAGCACCAGAAUCAGAACCAGAACCAGCACCAGCACCACUAGCACCAGCACAAGUACGAGCACGAGCACAAGCACGUCGACUAUCGGCGCCCAGACGCGCUUUGUGCGGACGAGCUCUGGAUUCACGACCAUUUCCAGGUCUGCCACCACCACGUCGCUGUAG